AUGAGUUCGAAUUUUAAACGUGAAAGCGGAACACUUGAUAGUUUUUUUAUGCCCCGAGAAAAAAAACCUAAAAAUGCGACUAAUACUGCCAUUUGUGCUACUAGUUCACACGAGCUAGUGAUGCCCAAUGAAGAUAAUUUUGUUAGUGAUAGUCAAAUCGAUAAUCAAAUACAAGAUGUAUGGGAUACUUCCAAAAUGUUUCCUGCAUUAUGGACAAAAGAACAGGUAAUAGAGUUUCAAAAGAAAAACUCAUGGGCCAAACUUGCAAACAACUUGGAUUUAACUGGUAUACCAAAAACGACCAAUGAAAAUUUAAAGCUAGUAGUCUCAACACUAGCCAAAAUUGUUAAUGUUGAAGUAAAAGAAGAACAUAUAAACAAAACUUAUCGAUUAAGACAUAAAAACGAAGAUAAUAGCCGUAUUAUCGUUGAAUUUACUAAUAAAGAAAUUAAGAAUAAUUUAUUGACUGCCAUCAAAUCCAGAGUUAAAUCAAAAAUGCCUCUCAUAGCUAAAGAAAUACAUAAGAAUUUUUCCAAAAAUCACAUUUAUGUGAAUGAACAACUAUCUGUGGUGAAUAGAAAAAUAUAUUGGCUUGCAAAACAAAUUGCUAAAAAGUACAACUACGAAUAUGUCUGGGCAAAUGGAAGCGGAGUAUUUUUGAAAAAAGCCGAAGGUAUGUAUGGUGUUCGUAUCUGUAACUUGUCCCAACUUAUGUCAAUUGAUACGGAAAAAUCAAUUGAUCAACUCUGGAUUCGUAAUUAA